UCAUACAGGUGUAGCAUUACACUUAAGGUGGGUUCGAAUGUUUCUCAUCUGGUGCUGGUGAAAGGCUGCUCUCUCCUGCAAGUGAAGCAAGUCCACAUGAAUUGUGGCAAUCCUUGCUCCUCCCAUCGCAUUCUGCCACAUUGUGGACAGCUGAGAGAGCUGAAAGGGGCACACAGCUGCUGUGAAGGAGUGGAAUUUCUGUGCUGGAGAUAGAGCAUGCAGUGCCGUUUGGCGGAGAUGAGAUAAACACUACACGCAGCUGUCUGCCUGGGAUGCUGGGGCUGUUUCUUUGUUCCAGUUGAUGCUGGGGGCUGCUGGAGUUUAAGGAGCAGUGUGUGGUUAACACAGAGAGGUGUGUCUCUGAAGAUUCAGUGCUGUCUUCAUUAGCAGUGAGACGCUGGAACAGGCUGUCCAGAGAAGUUGUGGAUGUCUCAACUCUGGAGGUGUUCAAGGCCAGGUUGGAUGGGGCUCUGAGCAGCCUGGUCUCGUGGAAGGUGUCCUUGCCUACAGCACUGGAGUUGGAGCUUCAAGAUUCCAUUCCAACCCAAGCAAUUCUAUGAUUCUGUGAUUAACAAAAGCCCAAAUCCUGACACUGCUGCCUUUUGGGCUGAUCCGAUUGCUCAUUGCCAGCCGGAGCACGAUGAAUAAUACAACACGCAAACCGAGGUUGCUCCCUGACGAAUGCAUAAUUUAACAGCAUCAAAGAAGGGCUUUCGGAUGGACAGGGUGAGCCGCCUGCCGCACUCCUGCCCCUUUCCUGGUGGCGUGUGUGUGCCCCCGCUCCUCUCUGCGCUCUGCUUCCCCACAGUUUCCAGGCCGUAGGUGGAAUUGUCCUACACGGAAAAGGGGACAGAGCGGGGGGCCCGGCGCGGAGACCCGUCUCCAUGGCAACAGAGCGGCGCGGCCCGGCCUACUCGCUGGUGCCCGGGCCCUGCGGGAGGCGGCGUUUGUCCCUCGGGAGCCGCCGUGAGCGGAGCGGUCCCGCCGCUGCCACGGCAACCGCAGCGCCCGGCGGCGGCAGCUCCUCGUCCCGGCCGGGAGCAGCGGCGCCGGCGUGUCCCAAGGCAGCAGGGAGUGCUGUAUUACUCUAACACAUCAUCAAAAUGAGUGAAAAGGAAGCUCAAGGAGAUGUGGGUGAUUCAACAGAAAAUGCAGAAUAUGAGGAUGAUUUUGAAAAAGACACGGAAUGCCUAACUGAUGAAGAAGAAAAACAAAACCUUGGUGAAAAAGAGAAUCCUGAAGAAAAGGAAGAGGAUGUUGAAGCAAAAAUUCUUAAAACAUCAGACAACUUUCAGGAAGACAAUGAAGAAAUGAAAGAAAAUCUAGAUCAGCUUUCAGAGGCAGAUGUAAAUGUGAAAGUAAUAUACUCUAAUGAAAAAUAUUUGCAAUCCGGGGCAGAUAUUGAACAGGAUGACCAUGAGUCUGAUGCUGAGAGAGAAAGCUCUCUCCAGGAAUCCAAGCUGGAAAAUGAGCAGGAACUGGAUGAGAGAGAGGAUGAAGAAAUAAAGCGUUAUGUCUUGGAAAAGAUUGAAGAAGCCAACAAAGAGCUGGAAAAUCAGGCUCCUGUAGAUGAAAACAGAGAACGGAAAUUAAAAUUUGAGGAUGAGGUGGAUCUUCAAGCUCCUCGUCCAGAAGAUGCUGAAGUUGGUAAAACUGACCUUGAAAGAGGAGAUGUUUCAGAUGGGCUGUUUCCGCUGAAUAUUUCUGACGGCAAGAGACAGAAAAGCACAUCACUUUCAGAACGUGCUGGCUCAGAUGAGAAGACAAAUGAUAUUGAAACUCAACAGACUUCAGGACUCCCCAGUUCUUUGCCCACUGCCUCUCAGGUGAAAGAAAUGCCUCCAUCUGACUCUAAGCAGCAGCCAGAUUCUGCUUUGAAUGGUGCAAAAGAUCUGGGUAAACAGAAAACUGACUCUGCAAACAUACCCAUGAAAAGCUCCACUUACAGUCUUACUCCCAGACAAAAAGAAUUAAGGAGGCAGAUAGAACUGAGGAAAGAAAGACUGAAGAGAGAGGAAGAAGAAAAGAACAGGGAGCUAGAAGAAAUGAGGAAAAGACAGAAUGAAAUAGUUUUUAAAGCUUGGUUACAAAAGAAGAAAGAACAGGUACAACAAGAAAAGCGAAUUCGUCGUGCAAAGCAGCUGGAAGAGCUGAGCAUCAAAGAGGUGCACAGGGAUCCAGAAGAAGCCUACAGGUUAUGGCUUAAAAAAAAGCACCAACAAUAUGUGAGAGAAAGACGGAUAGAAGUCUUGAGACGCCAGACUGAGGAAGUUGCCUUUUUUCCAAGCCCAGAGGAUUGUGACAGAGCUUUUAGAGACUGGCUGAGAAGGAAGAGAGAAGAGAAGCAAGCAGCAGAACAAGCUGCUAAAGAGAGAGCCAGGCAGCUUAGAUUAGAAGCCAGAAGAGCAAGACAAAUGCGGAACAUCCACUAUAUUAAUUCAGAGCCCAAAUCCUUUUGUUUCUCAGAUCAUUACAGUUGAAAAUUUGAUGUAGCCACAGAGUUCUUGGUGACAAUCUUCUUAACUUUUAUGGCUUGAGUUUUUGUCCUUUACAGCUACUGACUUUUUGUGUUUUUAAGCUUUCAAGCAAGUUUAACAAUUACCUUAAGUGACAAUGAUUUUACUAUCUAUUUAUUUGUUAUUUAGUUGAAAAGCCUGCUUUAAUGCAUAACUCAGGGAUCUUCUUGGUUUAACCAAAUCAAAAUGAGUGCAAGAUGUACAUACAAGGGUGGCAAAUGCACAUUACCCUUCUUUAAAAGGCACAUUAUACUCAUCAUGGAUUCCUGGAUGCAGGCUACUGUGUAAAUGUUGAAUUUUUGGUGGAUUAAUAUUGCUGUUUGAUGCUGCUGUGCAAGAGACUGUGCAAGGUGUUAUGUUGUUGGAAAAUUAUGUUUCUUGUACCACUUCCUGAGCUGAUGACCAGCUGAUCUGUUGAUCAGCUCUAGACCACAGGACUGUGUUCUUUUAGGUUCCUGGAAAGUGGUGAUUGAAGACUAAUGUGUAGGUGAUUGUGCAACAGGUUUUAAAAUGUACUUCUGAGAGUCACAUUCAGUAGUUUACUAUUCCAUGGAAUUAAAAGCUUGUGCAAAUUAUGACCUUUUUCCAGUAGUAAGGAAGCUAGGUUCCUUAUAUGUAUGUCAAUGUUUAUUACAAUAAAUCUACCAAACUA